AUGGCCCCGGGCUGGGCUUCUCCGCCUGCUCCUGAAGGCUUAUCACUAUCGUCGCCGACCAAGACGACGACGACGACGACUCCUCCAGCGGCCACUAUUAACACCACUACGACGACCCUGUCAAGUGCAGCCGCCUAUCAUCGACAGUGUCAAGGAUCCGCCGUCCCUGAGCCUGGGCCAACUCCUUCUCUUCCUCCUCUGCAUCCUUCUCCGUCCGCCUUUUCUUCAACCGAUCCUCCGCUCCCGUCUGCGAUCUCGCCUCCUAGCUCUGAUUCCCUCGUGCGCAGGAAACCGCUGCCCCAGAAUGUGGCCCCUGUGAACUCCCCUACCUCUCAUCAUCGGUCGUCGACUAUCUCCUCCUUCCCAUCCUCGGACGGAGACGACACUCCUGCGGCCCCGUCUGUCUCGGUCUCUCAUGGUUCGCCACCAGACCCUCAUCGUCGUUUCCCCUCCUCUGCUUCUGGCGCUUUCCUCUCUCCUGCUGGACAGGACGGUUCCUCCGCCUUUGUUCCCGGGGGCCAGAAUAGAUUCUUCCGCGGUGGUCAAUCCACGGGCCCGCUUCGAAUAGACACCUCGACGCCGUUCCCGGGCGCGGGAGAAGACGAGCACGGCCGCGAGUAUAGUUCCCAGUUCUCGAAUGGGACGCCGGUGCACAGUCGUCUCGUCAGCGAACCCUUCAUCCCCGUCCUCCGCUCCUCGACCCCUAAGAGAGCCACCACCAUGGGCUUACAUCCCCCCGCCAACUCGCACCGUCCGCCCCCUCUCCACAUCGGCGCCACCGGUCGGUCCAUGUCGAGUAGCGUGGUGGACGCCAAACAACCCAAAACCCCCGGCCAUAAGAUCAGUUCCUUCUUUGGUUUUCGAGGCGCCUCCUCCCCCGGCGGCGAGUCGUCCAGCACCGAGAUCUCCGACGCCGGUCGAUCCCCACUACACUCCCCCAUGCCUCCCUCGCUCCCGAGUGGCUCCUACGCCAUCACGCCCUCCACCACCAUCCCCUUUGACAAUCGGCCCGUGCAGGGUCGCAACGGUUCGCUGAGCAGCGCUGGCGCGCUGGGGUCCGCCUCCAACGCCCACGUGACCGAGCUCGAGAGUGAACUGCGCGAGAUCAGCUCCGAGCUGGCCGGCUCCAUUCGGCGGGAGAUGGAGCUGGAAGACCUGGUCGAACGGCUCCAGUCGGACAUGCCCAUGGACACGCCCAGCCACCGCCGAACGAGCGAUUACUUCUCGGACUCGGGGUCCAGCUCCAUCCGGUAUGCCUACGAUGGCCGGGCCGACGAUCUGGAAAAGUUCCGCCGCGCCGCGGAGCAGGAGCGCGCGCAGCUCAAGACCGACCUCACCCAGCGGUGGCAAGAAGAACGAGCGCGCCGGGCGGCCACUGAGUCGCACAUCCAUAUCCUCGAAUCCCAAGUGCAUCAGCUUCGACGCGAGCGAGUCGAAUUCUCCGAUCUGUCCUCGAAAACCCGGGAGAUUGAAGCCGCGUUGGACGCGACGCGGCGAAAGCUGGGCGAAGAACGGCAGAUCAAAGACAACUUCGAAGACCUGCUCACCGCCAUGCGGGUUGAGCUGGAGCAGAUCCGCAACGAGCGCGACAUCCUCCGCCAAGGUGGCGGCGGCGGCGGCGGGACCUCCGACCCCGCAGAAGUGCAGCGGCUGCUGGAAGAGAUUGAAGCGUUGAAGAUCGAGAAUGCCUCGCUGGCCCAGCUGCACGGGACCCGUUUUGCGUCCAUCGCCGAGGAAGAAGGCGCGCCCAACCGGCGCGCCUCUGGGCUGGGACUCUCCCGCUCCAGCUCCCUGGCGCGGAUGCACUCGAAGCCCAACGGCCCGUCGGGGCUCUCGCGCUCCGGCUCGCUGUCCCGGUCGAACUCCGUGUCCGGCAAGGAACGCGACACGCGGGACCUUGCCGAGCGCGUCGAAGACAUCGAAGCGCAGCGCAACGCGCUCCACGAGGCCCUGCGCCGCCUGGUCGACCGCCAGGCUCACGAAGCCCGCCAGUACGAGAAGCGUUCGCGGGCCAUGGAGCAGGAGCUGGCCCGCGCGCAGCAGUCGGGCUCGCCGCGCCGGCUGGGCUACGAGCGCGAGGUGCGCAACCUCCGCGAGGAAGUCAACCACCUGCGCGGGCGGGCCGAAGACGCCCUCAACCAGAAAUGGCAGUGUGAGAAGGGCCUCGGCGGUCUCAAGAUGGACCUCGACCGCGCGGAGCAGGAGACUGCCUCCCUGCGGGUUCUGCUGCAGGAGCACGACAUCAACCUGCCCGCGGAGCUCGACGGCGAGCGCGAAGGCUUCGCCGCCGUGACGGCUACCUCGUCGUCGCUGGAGUCCGCGUACGCGCAGCUCCAGGCGGACCGGGAGCACGCCGAGGCCAGCAUGGCGCAGUCGCCGCAAGACGCGAGCAGCCCGCUCGCGGCGUCGCUCGGCCGCACGGAUGACCUCGCACGCCACGUGCAGAAGCAGCUCGCGACGAACAGCUCGCUGCGCAGCCGGCUCGCGGACGCGAUCGGCAAGGGCGAGAAGGACCAGCAGCUGUCGGCGUCGCGGAUCAACGAGAUGCAGGCGCGGCUGAAGGAGCUGGAGGACACGCUGUUGCUGGCGCAGCAGUACUCGGAGGAAGAGAUGGCGCGCCACGAGGAAGAGAUCAGCCAGAUGGAGGAGACGCACAGCGCGCAGCUGAUGCGCAUGAAGAACGGCGCCCGCAGCCCGAUGGGCCUGUCGCCUAUCCCGCCGCACUCGCCGUUCGGGGCGCGCUCGCCUCGUCUGGACAAGACCACCAGCGGCGACGGCGUGCCGCUGGAGCGGGUCGUCCAGGCUGAGACGCUUGAGCGCCGCGUCAAGGAGCUGGAGAAGCUUCUGCGGGAUGCCGACGUCGAGAUGUCGGAGGUUGUGGGCCGGAUGAACCGCGCGCAGAUCGACGUGGCUGAGUUGCAGUCUGAUCGUGACCACGCCCUCCGCCAAACCCGCCGCCUCCAAGCGGAGAUCGAAGCCGAGCGCAAAGCAUUCCAGGCCUUGAUGGGCUAG